AGUAAAUAUUUGUAUUAGCUGGAGCCGGCUCGCUAAUGGUGGACGCGUGAAUCGGAGGAGAGCGCGGCGGCAGGAGGCCGGAGCGGGCAGCGCGGGGGCGCCAUGUCCGUGAACAUGGAUGAGCUCAAGCACCAGGUCAUGAUCAACCAGUUCGUGCUGACGGCGGGCUGCGCUGCCGACCAGGCGAAGCAGUUGCUGCAGGCGGCCCACUGGCAGUUCGAGACGGCCCUCAGCGCCUUUUUCCAGGAGACCAACAUCCCCUACAGCCACCACCACCACCAGAUGAUGUGCACUCCUGCCAACACCCCCGCCACGCCCCCCAACUUCCCUGAUGCCCUCACCAUGUUCUCCCGUCUCAAGGCCUCGGAGAGUUUCCACGGUGGUGGCAGCGGCAGCCCAAUGGCCACCACGGCCACGUCGCCCCCACCGCACUUCCCCCACGCCUCCACCGGCAGCUUUGCAGCGCCCAGCUGGCCCAUGGUGGCCUCGCCCCCAGGGGGGCCACAGCACCACCAGCCGCAGCAGCCGCCCCUGUGGACUCCAGCACCCCCUUCACCGGCGUCAGGCUGGCCACCCCUGGCCCCUCAACAGGCCGCCUCAGAACCGAGGGCCCACCCUGCCAUGGAGGCGGAGAGAUAAGGGAGGCCCCUCCCCCCUCCCGGAGGCCAGGACCCCGUGGGGUGGGGGAGAGGACGUCUCUGUGGGCCCCCUUCACCCUCAUCUGUCUGCACCCCCAUUCCCUGGAGCCCUGGAGGGGAGAGACGGGACCCUGGUGCCAGCACACAGGCUGCCUGCGCCCACACAGAAGCGCAGGCGCACGGCACCCAGCUUGCAUGGGUUUGGUUCAGUCAUCUGGGUGCUGGUGGACAGAACUUCAGAGACCAAGCAGCCUUCCCCAGAGGACUCACCCCACCCCAGGGGGCUGCGGAGACUUGGCCGCCUCCCACCUUGGAUCUCCUCAGGGCUGGCAGGUCUAGAUCCCCACCCCUCGGGAAUUCAGAGCCUUCUCCGCAUGUGUGCGUGUAGCUGUGUCUGUGUAUUUAUACGUAUGUCACUCUUCAAGAAGCAACCUAGUUUAUGGGGCAGCUGGACUUUGCAUGUUAGAGUGGACCCCCCCAGUCCCUUGCCCGCCACCCCUCUCCCCAGGGCCCUUCCCUCCCCUCCCCCCUCAGCAGCCAGCCUUGCUGUUCCCUGCAGAGAAAAGGAUUGUGGGAAACUCCAGGACUCUUCCCACCCAUCCCCCAGCUCCUGCCUGCUGGGGCUGUCUGCAUGCCUCCCCCAGAGCCCCGGGGUACCCCAUACCCAUUUCCUUUCCCCCUUUUAACAAAGGAGAAGAAAGAGUUCCAACCACCACCAGGCUCUGUGGUCUUGCCUCGUAUCCUAAGCUUUGCUGCCAGCUGGCUCCGUGUGUAGGGGGAGGGUGCCGAUGGAGCCCAGAACAGAGAGCUACCCCCCAGUCCUGCCUGGCUCCACACUACUCCUGUCUGUCGCUGUCUUUUCAACCACAACAUGCUCUGGAAUCUUCCUGCCCACCCGAGGCUUUUCCCAUGAAAUUAGUUUCUGGCCUGUGUUCCAAAAAUCCCAGCUUCCAUCUGCCCACCCUUCCCCCUGCCUGGCUGGACGGAUCCCGACCUCCAGGGCUAACAACUGCCUUCCGGUCUGCCUGGGUUUCACAAGGACCUUUUUUUCCUGUCUCAGGCCCCAGUGGCUGGCUGUGGGCUGGACCCUCCAAGCCCAACCUCCAGCAAACAUGCUGGGUGGGGCAGGGCUCUCCCCUGGGGAGUCGCAGGUCACAACCCUGUAGUCAGCAGGCUUGAAUGCAGAACCAGUGGGGGCUAGUGACAGGACCAGGACAGGGCAGAGUCCAACCAGGGCUCAAGCCAUUAGUCACUAAGGAGACAGACCACCCAGGGACAACGGAUUGGAUCCUGCCUGCUUCCAAGCUGGGCUGGGGCAGGCACCUACUCUAGCCCAAGGGAGAAGCCAGAUGCCUCACUUUGCCCUGGGCUGCCCCCACUGGGAUAGGAGGUCCCUGGGGCAGCUUUGGGAGAAGACAGCCUCAGCCUUGCACCCCUUGUGAUGGUCCGGGACUUGGGGAAAGAGAGAGGCCAGGGCCUCUGCAGUUCCUUACCAGCAGACCUCACUCCCUAAUCCAGGAGAGCCUGCCAAGCACCCAGCCCCGCCUCCGUUGGCACCUAAGCCCUCUGAUGGCAGUUGGGUUGGAGAGUUUCUUCUGUUUCAGAAAGUCACCUGCCUGACAUGUCUUGGCACUCCACUAACAGUCCACUUUUGCUCCCAGCGAUGGGACUGUGCUUUCUGACAUGAAUGUCACCACCCAGCUUUGUCUCCGCCCUGCUGGAACCUGGACAGGCUCUUGACGAAGCCCACCUGGGAUGACUGUUUACACUCUGGUUGUCAUGGAAGACCGAUGGCUGGGCCCCUGCUCAAGCUGUUGCUUACGUCUCGGAAGUGUGUCCUCACCUUGAAACCCACCAUCCAACGGCCUCUCAGAGUCCAGAGGGGGCAUAGCUCCGUCUGGGGUGCAUAUGAGCAGGGGAAGAAGGGGGAUCUCAGGCCCCCUGAAUCUUCACUGCAGCUUCUCCAUUUUGGAUGGAAGAAAAUUCUCAGGAAACUGGCACAUCCCCUCUUCAAGUGGCAGGAAAAUGCGUUGCAGAGGCGAGCAUUUCUGGGUUAUAAGCCGUGUGCGGUGAGCGUGCCUCAGCUCUCCCAGCGAGCUGAUUACUGGGGCAGCUGUACCUUUUGGAACCACAGGAGACAGUGCACUGUCUAGAAUUUGCAUUCCUGAAGACAAUGGGGACUCGGCCUUGGGCCGGCCCCUGGGUGGCCUAUAGGUGGUCCACACCCGUGCUGCUCAAAGUGUGUCCUCAGAUCAGCAUCACCUGGAGCUUGUUAGAGAUGUCCCUAUAAGUGCUGAUCUGUGGGAAGUGAGGACCAUUUCUGUUUCUUGGAGUGCUAUGGGCUGGGUCUGGAGGUCCCAGGGAGUCACAUUAGGCUGGAGGGGACUUGAGGUUCCUAUAGGCCCAGUUUUCCCACCGUGGGCACUGGACUUUGGGGCUGGAUCACUGUCCGCUGUGGGGGCAUCCUGUGCACUGCAGGAUGUUGGAAGCAUCCCAGUCCCUACCCACUAGAUACCAGUAGCUCCCCUCAGUUGUGACAACCAAAAAAGUCUGCAGAUGUGGCAUAAUGUCUCCUGGAGGCAAAAUCACGUGCCCUCCUCCACACACACACACUGCUGUGGACAGCCUCUGCUCAAGACCAUGGUCCCAUAGCUGGCUGCUCAGCAGAGCCUCCUAGGGGUUCUGUGAAAAGACAAAGCACCCCAAGACUCCUGGGCCCACAAUGUCAGAAUCUGGAGGAGAGGUCCUGACAGUAUAGUUUUAAACACUCCCAGGAUAUUGGUGACUGACUUGUGAACAAACUAAAAACCUUUUCAAUUGCACACUUUAAGGGUGGACUUUGUAGCAUGUCGAUUAUGUGUCAAAGUUGUUACUAAAGGUAAGAUGGCUCCCCGGUGCUUCUGACCCAGCACAUGCCCCUCACAGCACCCAGUCUUGUGGAGCGUAAGGGUCCCCUAGGUGCUUGAAGCAGCUGUUACGGAGAAGGACCCAGCCAUCUAAUUUUUACUAAGUGCUCCAGGCAAGGUGGGACCCGGAGCAGGAGGCAGUGAAGGGCAGGACUGGAGCUAGACUUGGGGACUCUGGUACUUUUCAGCAAUGCAGAGGCCCUGCCAGGUGUGCUGGGAGCCCCCUACUGAACAUCUCACAGCAAGGGUAUGGCUGCAGAAGUGGGCUGGACAAGCCCAAGGGGAGGGAACCAGAGGUGGGCCCACAUAGAUGUCACAUGCCCCACAAUCGAGUGUGACGCAGAACCUGGGACCUUUCUUCUCCAACCCUGGAAGCUCAGGAGCAAAACUGAAGGUGUCAGUAACCAUCUACUACACAUUUGAGUGUAAACUGGCUAUAAAAAGCAAAGGUGCUGGUGUACAAACAGAACAGAUUCAGUCACAGCCAGGUUCACGGCCUUCAUCUUGGGCACCUCCUGGAAAAACCGGACUUGUUACCUCAAAGUCCAGACUCUUCUGGGCUUGGUCACCUCCUACCUGACUGCCAGACUUGAGCUCUAAGUGACUAUGUUUCCAAAAUUCCACUCUAAAAAACAUCAUUUGCUUGAAAGAA